UUAGAUCACUGGUUUGAACAUUGCAAUUAAGUUUUUUGUCUUAGUCCGUUGUUAAUACGAUAACUUGACCAUUUCUUUAAUUUUUUUUUAAAUAUUUGUUCAGAGUUAGGAAACCUUAUUUUGAUAACUUUUAACAUAUUAUGUUUUCAGAAGUAGUUUAAAAACAUAAUAUGAAUUUAACGUUAGCAUUAUUAACGAGGUGCGUUAAACGGGAGCUUACAUAAAACUCACUUAAAUUUUAUACAAACAAAGUAAUUGAUAAAAAUGGAUUGGAUUAUUUCCGAUGAGUUGGGGCUCACUGUGGGCCAUCUGGUGGGCUUUGGAGCUGCUGGUGCUAUGAUAAUAGGAGGUGUCGCUCCAUAUAUCCCUCAAUAUAGACAAAUUAAAAAGACGCAAGACGCUGAAGGAUUCUCUUUGUAUGUGUGUUUAGCUCUUCUAAUAGCCAACACUUUGAGGAUAUUGUUUUGGUUUGGAAAACGUUAUGAAUUACCUUUGUUAAUUCAAAGCAUUGUAAUGAAUGUGACUAUGUUUGUUAUGAUUCAUCUUUGUGUGUCAGUUCGAAAAAAGAACCAGAUUAUCAGAGCAAGAGAAAGAAUAUUCACAGAUGCAAUAUUCAUGUUAUAUAUACUAUUAUGUUGUGUGAAUGGACCAGCUCAGCCGGAUGAGACAGCACGCUGGCUGAAUCAGCGCAGCGGUAUCUCUGGUGGAGAGAAACCCCAUCGUUUCUAUGAUAUGGAAAGGAAGUACUUCUGGGCGUGGACAGACUUCCAGAGUUACGUGGACUGCAUGCUCGUUUUCUCGGUACUGGGCGCGGCCGUCACAUAUCUCUUGAUAGAGUUCUCACCGUUCGUGGAGUUGAUUGGCUUCAUGGCGGUUUUCACUGAGGCUAUGCUCGGUGCACCACAAAUAGCCAAGAAUUUACAGAAUAAAAGUACUGAAGGAAUGAGUGUCAGCAUGGUGAUAAUGUGGACGUGUGGCGACAUUUUUAAGACUGCAUACUUUAUUAUUAGAGAGGCUCCAACGCAAUUCUGGGUUUGUGGCGGUUUACAAGUCUUCCUUGAUGUCGUUAUUUUAUUCCAAGUGUGGUUAUACCGUCACAACACGGCGGCGGCUCGAAGGUUGCGGCGAGGCGACUAACAGUGGACCGAGACCGACUUAUAGCGCUCGCAUCGGUCACCCCUAACGACAAACAGUGUGCUUAGUGCGAGUUUUUUAACGUUCUCGAUAGCGUAAAAGUUAACUCAAAUUUGUAUAGAGCUGGAACAGCGCUCCUAGCGGCAAACGUAGGCAAACGUUCCAACUCCAUACAAAUUUGAGUUAACUUUUACGCUAUCGAGAACGUUAAAAAACUCGCACUAAGCACACUGAACGUAUCUUUCAAUGAAGCAUCAACUGAGAUGCUUAUGACAAAUGAUCAUGAUAACAAGUGUAAAACACAUUAAGUAUGUAAUAAUUAGUAACAAGCGACAACCCUAGUGUAAGAGUUGCUAAAUCGUAUGUUGCUAAAUGUAAAUAAUUAUUUGUCAUAUUUAUUUUUCCGCGGAAGUAUGUUUAAAUUUCAUGUAAUGUGUAAGAGAAUCGUUCACGUUGCCAAAACUAUUGUAGCUCGACAUAAAUUAAAACUAUGUACUUUUUUUUAAUGGAAAUAUUGUUACUAUGUAUUUGUAUGGGGAAUUGCAACGUGAUGCUAAGGCUCAAAUCCUAGAAGCCAUUGAGUAUAUAUGUACCUAACACAUGUUCUCGGAUGACUUGUUGAAUGAAUUAUAUCGUAGAAUAAAAUUCAAACCGCAAGUUUUAUAAAAUCUGCAAAUUGCUGCUGCUAAAGGUUAUUUUAUGCCCAUACAGGUAGAUUUAUGGCAUUACUGGUGGUAGGACCUCUUGUGAGUCCGCGCGGGUAGGUACCACCGCCCUGCCUAUUUCUGCCGUGAAGCA